AUGUUUUGCCACUUAUCUUUUUUCCGGCUCUGUGUUAUGAGGCUGCAUAAUCCCUUUCACUCCUAACAGUUGCACAUUUUCAGAUUUCUAACUGCAGGAAGAUUCUCAGAUUUCUAACUGCUGGAAUCCUUACUUACAGGUUGCAUGGAAGAAAAGGAAUCUACCCCAGAAAAGAUGAGCAGACUUGGUAAUGUGAAAAACAUUCUUAGAAACACUGAUUCAAGGAGAACCUUUAGAAUGUACCAUCAAACUGGAUCUUUUCUGUGAAAAUCGGGCAAGCAGCAGCCAUGCUUAUAAUAUGUCCUACUCAUGGAUAUAUCUUCUAAAGAGUGCUAAAAUAGUGUAAGAGACAGUAUGACAACCACAUCAAGUGAUGCUCUGUGUUCUACAAGUGAUGCCCCCCAGAAGUUAAUCAGUCUAAGCUUCAACGCCAAGAUCACAGUUUCAGUGGUUUACGGAGUGCUAUUUAUGAUGGGGGUAUACGGAAAUGUCGUAGUGAUGAAGGUAAUCCGAGUGUUGAGGAAGAGGACUUGUAUCCAGCAGACAGUGAAUUACCACAUGACCAGUAUGGCCUGCUCAGACCUGCUGAUCCUGAUCAUUGGCAUCCCGACAGAGCUGCAUGCUAUUAUUUGGUGCCCCUCACCAUGGCCCACAGGUAACCUAGGCUGCAAAUGCUUCUAUUUCAUCUGGGAAGUCUCCAGCUAUGCGACCAUCUUCAACAUCUUGGCUUUCAGCAUCGAACGCUACCUGGCCAUUUGUCACCCUCUUCAGCUAAAGCAGAUGUCCAGGACUAGAACAAAAAAGCUGAUUACUCUGGUGUGGCUUGCAGCAGUUGUCUUUGGGGUGCCUAUCCUCUUUUCCAUUGGUAUAGAGGAUGCACUCAUGCCAUUUCAGAAUUCAGGAGAGUCUAGACCACCAAUAUGGAUCUGUACCAACAUUUCUUCUCAGAAGGGCAUUUUCAGGACUGCUAUAUACACUUCAUUUUCUCUGUAUCUUCUGGUCCUUCUUCUGGUGGCUGUGACCUGUCAACAGAUGAUGAGAAAGCUGCUAACUGACAAGUCGGGCUCCCUCAGAGUUAAAACCAUAAAUGGAUCCGUACAGGAUCUGCCCAUGUCUGGAGAUGCUGGGGGCCACAGAACUAGUGCAAGACAGCAAACUAUAGUGAUGCUGGGUUGCAUCAUGGGAGCACUGGCCAUCUGCUGGAUACCGUUUCAGUCUAGACGACUCAUGACAGUGCUACGUAUCAAGUCACAAUGGACUGAUGACUAUUACAAUUCCUACAUUGUCCUUCAGCCAAUCACUAACUCUUUCUACUACCUCAGCUCAACGGUGAAUCCUUUUUUGUACAACCUUAGCUCCAGGCAGUUCCGUCGAGUGUUUCUGCUGACCCUAAAGAGAUGUCACUCAUGGAACAAAGAAUUUCCAAUCAGUGGUCUGCACUCAGAAUCAAAUUCUUUCUGCAAGAGAAACUCAUCCCUACUACAAGUGCUGCAGAAUCAACCAGGACCAAUAGAAACAAAUCCUGAUGAAUCAUCAAGACGGAGGGCUUCAUUUGAUGUGUAGCAUUUGUAUGUUAUUACGAAAACAUAAGAAUACAAACAUCAGUGAGCAGUAACCUAACAGCCACUAGGAGCAGCUUAAGAAUAGGAAACACUCAGCUAUCAGCUACCAACAGUGAUAUGUCAGAUAAUAGCUGUGACUUGCCUUUAGCCAGAAGUCAUCAGUCACAGGUCAGCAGUCACUUGCUAGUAGCCAAUAAAUAUUUCUGAGUAGAUAGCAGGUAUCAUUAGUGGCUGAUAAAUAUCUGUCAGAGGCUAUCAAUUAUCUCUUAACAGUGAGCGUCAUGUCUGUAGCCAGCAGUCACAAAUCAGUAGCCAGUAGACACUAGCUGGUAAUCAGCUUCCAUAAGCCAGUAGAUACUAGUCAGUAGUAAUAUGGGAGUAGUAAGUAGUCAUAAGUUUAGUUAUCAGUGACCUGUUAGUAGUCAUUCAUUAGGUAGUAGUUAUAUACCUAGACGUUUUGAGUCUAUAAUCAGCAAUUAUAUGCCACGAGCCAGUGGCUGCUACCCUGUAAUCACCAAUUACCUGUUGCCAACUACUAACCACCAGUAAAUGGUUAUUACUUAUCUGCCUGUGACUGAACGUUACCAGUUUAUAUUCACCAGUCAGUAACCAGUAACCAUCAUUAUUCUCCUUAAUACUAGGCCAUGACAGCUGCCAUCGAUAGAUUACAACUUACCAAAUGAACACCUUAAUCUUUCAUGAAAAACGUGCCUAAUAUUUUUCCUAAGUUUCACACACUUACAAUAGCAUUUUCCUACAAAUUUCAUCAGCUGUAAGAAACUCAGCGAAAAAUUAAUGCAUUUCUGCUUUGAUAUCAAUAAUAACUUAUUGUUUAAUUCCCGUACCAAUAUUCUUAUGAGAAUAUUUCUUAAAAAUUUAACUUUGCCAUUCAGAUAACUCACUGGCAGGGAAUGCAGGGGGCUCAAGAUCAGAAGUAUCCUUUAAUCACCAUUGUGAGAGGCAGAAAAGUGUACAAUGCCAGCCUGAUGGCAGAAUCUGUCAGUAAAAUCAAAGUGGAUACCAAAGUGAACUCCAUUGGUUGGUCAACAUAGCUUGGUGUGCUCACUGAUGAUGAUGAUGUGUGUGUGUGUGUGUGU